UUGAGACAUUCCCUUGAAGUUGCAAAGUUUUCGUUUGUUUACAUUGAUUCCAGAGAAAUAAGUGAUUUUUCAAACGGGAAGAUCAAGUUAUCAGAAAAGUAAUUGUUAGAUUCUUAUAAGUGACCAAAAGGAUAUUAAUGAGUAAAUUGUAUCGACGAUAUCUCAAUUUGGUUCAAGCGUGGCCAGUUGAUGCAACCAAAGAUGGUAGAGAUUUUGGCCAAUUUUUGCGAAAGAAAACAGUCACAAUAUUCAAUCAAGGAGAACUAACAACCAUUGACGAACGAUAUUGGGAACCAAGAAUAUUGGCUUUGGAAAGGAUAGCUCGUGAUGUUCAUCGGGAUAAACAUAGAAUGCUGUAUGAAUAUUCAGCAACCAAUUGUGAUGCUGAAUCGGCAAGAAAAGGUGUUAGUAAUGAGGCAUUAAAAACCAAGACUGAAAUUGGUUUAAUAUCAGAAAUUAAAUCCGUGCUUAAUAAAGAGUAAAAGCUAGUUCUUUAGCGUUUACUGGUUCUAGUGUUUUAUUGAUGUAUUUAGUUAAUUUAAAAUGGUUAUUAAAAAUUACUCUAAUCAUUGUGAUGUAAGUCAUAA